GUCUGUCAAUCCAACCAACACCUUGCAUUCACGUUUUUUUUCACACACAAGACCUUUAACGUUUCUUAUUUCUUUAAUAAUGUAAUAAUGCCAGUAUGUUUUAAUAGUGUGUUGCAUUUUUAAGUGAUCUAUUUUAGUUUGUUUAUUAUAUCCGGGCAAACUAGCGGGGCGGUACAUUUGCUGUUUCCUACAGCCGACUAACACCGCCCGAUUCGACUACCACGGUGAAUCACAGUAUGCGCCCCAUAUUGUUAGCUUUGCGGUAGUUGUAGCUAGCAUUAAGUAGCUAGCUCCAGCGAUGGAGACGACUGAGCGAAUGGAAGUUGAUGACUGGGACUCCAGCCUGGAGGAGGAACUUGGGGUUUCCCUGGAUGAAUUGAAGAGGUGGGUUGAAGAAGCAGUAGACCAGAGCGAGACUGUGCUGAAAAAGAAGGCUCAGCUGGUGGAGUUAGAAGAAUGGGUGCAGAAGAAAGAGGAGGAGGAGGCACUAACAGAGAAGCUGAUCAAUGAGGCAAACCAGGCUGUAUUAGAGUGUGAGAACCUUGUCAGGGCGACAUAUCGAAGGAAUGGCAUGGUCUACAAAGAGAGCAGCUCAGAAGAUGAGGGUGGCAGCAAAGACAUUCUGUCGUCAGAGGUGAUUGAGAUCGAUGACGACGACGAUGAUGAUGAUGUCAUUGCUGUAGGCUGUGUGGUUCCCCCGAAGAAACCAGUCACUCCUGUGAAAGACUCAGCGCUCAAGGAAGCAUCCACUGCUCUGCAGAAAACCAGCCAGCAGGUUCAGAAGUUGGUUCACAUGGUUACCAAAACAACACCAGUGGCCACGCUGCUAAGAUCUCCAAACCAGACGUCGGCUCAGCAAGCUUCAGCUCCGGCUGUGUUCGUGUCGCACACCCAAUCCCAGUCCUUGACCCAACCCAACCCCAAAGCAAAAGAAGAUGAAAUCAAAGUGGGAAUGGCGCUUCUGGGAAAGAAACGCACAAAGACGUGGCACAGAUCCUUGCUGGUGGCGAUUGCUCAUGUCGGAAACGGGAUUGCAAAAUACAAGGUUAAGUUUGACAAAGGCAAGAGUCUCCUCUCUGGGAAUCAUGUGGCUUUCACCUACAACCCCACACUGGAGAGUCUGUAUGUUGGUGCCCGUGUUGUUGCCAAAUAUAAGGAUGGGAGUCUGACAUGGCUGUAUGCUGGAAUCGUCGCUGAGAUGCCCAAUAACAAGAACAGAAUGAGAUUCCUCAUCUUUUUUGACGAUGGUUAUGCUUCAUAUGUGACGCUGCCUGAACUUCACCCAGUGUGUCGACCACUGAAACGUACAUGGGAAGAUAUAGAGGACGCUUCCUGUCGAGAUUUUAUUGAGGAGUACAUCACAGCGUAUCCCAGCAGGCCUAUGGUUCUAUUGAAAGUGGGUCAGAUCAUCAAGACCGAGUGGGAAGGUACUUGGUGGAAGAGCAAAGUGGAAGAAGUUGAUGGGAGUUUGGUCAAGAUUCUUUUUCUGGAUGACAAGAGGAGCGAGUGGAUCUACAGAGGCUCCACAAGACUGGAGCCCAUGUUCAACUUAAAGAUGACCACAGCCAACACCCACGAGAAGAAGAUGGCAGGCCAGCAGAGGACUCGACCAAACAUGGGUGCUCUCAGAAGUAAAGGCCCGGUGGUUCAGUACACCAGUGACGGCCAUGUUGGAGCCUCUCCAGUCAAAUCACCGCAAGCUUUGCCCAUGCAGAUCAGCACGCCACCUCAGCAGUCUACACCAAUGAUGUCUCAGCCCAUCCGAAUGGACAAUAAACAUCAGAUGGCAAAGAAAAGCACGUCUCCCUUUGUGCCAGGAGUGGGAGGCACUCACGUUUCCAAAGUCACGCAGCCUCUUUCCACCAGUCCUGCUAACCUACAAGGUGGCAGAAUAUUAAAUGCCACCAACAGCCCAAGCACAAAUUUCACUCCCACGUUUCAAAGGCAGCUUCCUGCCAUCGCUCCAGCACCCGCUUCCACGACUCACACUUUCGCCUCGGUCCCUCAUCAGAAAGCCUACCAAGCCCCAACUGACCGCAUCUUUUAUAUGGCACAUGCUUGCCAACCAGCUUGUCUUAAUCGUGUGCGACCAUCAAAGUCCGACAUCCACAGAGGAAAGAACCCCCUGCUGACACCAUUGCUGUACGAUUUCAGACGCAUGACUGGCCGCCGGAAAGUCAACCGCAAGAUGACCUUUCAUGUGAUAUACAAAGCUCCGUGUGGGCUCUGUCUGCGUAGCAUGGCAGAGAUCCAAGAGUAUCUCUUCAAGACCAGCUGUAACUUUAUAUUCUUGGAGAUGUUCUGUCUCGACCCGUACGUGCUGGUGGACCGGCCCUUCCAGCCACAGAGACCUUUCUAUUAUAUCCCAGACAUCACCUAUGGAAGAGAGGACAUCCCACUGUCCUGUGUCAACGAGAUUGAUUCCACCCCGCCACCAAAUGUGGCCUACAGUAAAGAGCGCAUCCCUGAAGACGGAGUUUUUAUCAACACCAGUGCAGACUUCCUGGUAGGAUGUGAUUGUACCGACGGUUGUCUUGACAAGUCCAAAUGCUCUUGUCACCAGUUGACCCUUCAGGCUACAGCCUGUACCCCAGGGGCUCAGAUCAACACAAACGCCGGAUAUUUGCACAAGCGAUUGGAGGAAUGUCUGCCCACAGGGAUCUACGAGUGUAAUAAACGAUGUAAAUGUUGUGCAGAGAGUUGCACCAAUCGGCUGGUGCAGCACGGGCUGCAGGUUCGACUCCAGCUGUUUAAAACCCAAAACAAAGGGUGGGGCAUCCGCUGCCUGGAUGACGUGGCUAAAGGUUCUUUCGUCUGCAUUUAUGCUGGUAAAAUCUUGACAGACGAUUUUGCAGACAAAGAAGGUUUGGAGAUGGGAGAUGAGUACUUUGCCAACUUGGACCACAUCGAGAGCGUGGAGAACUUCAAGGAGGGCUACGAGAGUGAAGCCCACUGCUCAGACAGCGAGGGAAGUGGUGUUGAUGUUUCCCGGCUAAAGAUACAACCCUCCGCCUUAGUUUCAAAUUCUGGCCGCCACGGAAAAAAAGCGCACAGCCCGAGCUCGUCUGGCGACAGCAACGGUGAGGACGAGAAAGAUUCCAAGAGUGACGAUGAAAGCGACAGUUCAGAUGACACCUUUAGGAAGGACAAUUUUUACAACCCCAGUUCAGUGUGGAGGAGUUACACCACGCGUGGUCAAGUCAAAGGAAACAAGGAAGGGAGCCAGGAUAGCAAAGAUGGACUGAUUCCAAGCACCAGAGGAACUGAUGAUGAAAACCCGCCAUCAAUCCCAGAGGAGACUGGUAAAAGCAAAGUAGCUUCCUGGUUAACAAGCCAGGAAAUGAAGAAGGUGAACAAACCUGAGCAGGAUUCAGGUGAUGUGAAAAGUCAACUGAAGUCUGAGAUGGGAAAGAAGCAGGACGUGAUGACACUCUCUGACAGCGAUGACGUUCAGACCAUCAGCUCUGGAUCUGAAGACAACAAGGAGAAAGAGAAGGCUCCUCAGGCAAAGAAGCAGGUCGCCGUGAAGUCCACUCGUGGCAUUGCUCUUAAGAACAGCCACGGAAUGAUGGUGAAGACUGGCACACCAGGAGGGGGCGGUGGAGGACAGGCCGGUCAGGGGGCUAAGCAACAGGGACACCUGGGCUCUGGUGGCGAGAACGCUCCCAGAAAUACUCGUUCCUUCUUCGACGGCGAGGAAUCCUGUUACAUUAUCGAUGCCAAGCUGGAAGGCAACUUGGGUCGAUACCUGAAUCACAGCUGCAGUCCCAACCUGUUUGUCCAAAAUGUGUUUGUGGACACGCACGACUUGAGGUUCCCAUGGGUGGCUUUCUUUGCCAGCAAGAGAAUUCGGGCCGGCACCGAGCUGACAUGGGACUACAACUACGAGGUGGGCAGCGUGGAGGGUAAAGUUCUUCUUUGCUGCUGCGGGUCCACUGAGUGCAGAGGUCGACUGCUGUGAUCGGGGUCGACUCACCAAACUAAUUGAUCUUUUUUUAUUUUUUAUUUGUCACUGUACUUUUAUAUCAUUAUAUUUCCCGGUUUGUCUUCUUCAU